AUGGCACCCUCUAUCAACGACUUUCCCAUCGGGGACAUGUCUCCCCAGUCCGCCUGCCGCAUCGGCAUCAACGGGUUCGGCCGGAUAGGCCGCAAUGUCCUCCGCGCCGCCCUCGUCCGAUCAGACAUCCAGAUCGUCGCGAUAAACCACACCUGCACGACCGUCCAAGACCUCCUCUACCUCAUCCGCUACGACUCCUCCAUGGGAAAGUUGUCGGACGAGAUCCCCGUCCACGCCCUCUCCGACUCCCUCAUCAGCGUCAAGGGCCAACAGAUUGCACUCACCUCGGAGCGGGACCUCAAGAAGCUCAACUGGGCCGCAUUGGGCGUCGACUACGUCGUCGAGUGCACGGGAAAAUUCACAAAGCGCGAGCUCGCACUCGACCAUGUCACAUACGGCGGAGCAAAGCGCGUGGUCAUUUCGGCGCCGAGCAGUGACUCACCGACGUAUGUGUACGGUGUCAACGAGGGGCGGUACAAGGCGGAUGAAGAGCGACGGGUGGUGUCGUGCGCCAGCUGUACGACCAACUGUGUGACUCCGGUGCUCAAAGUGCUGCAGAGGGAGUUUGGAAUCACGCAGGGUUUUCUCACGACGGUGCAUGCGGCCACGCGGUCGCAGCAGGUGCUCGACGGGUACAGCAAGAAGAACCGACGGCUCGGUCGCAGUGUCUUUGACAAUAUUAUUCCGACGACGACGGGCGCAGCCAAGGCGAUUGCGACGGUGCUGCCUGAGCUGGCGGGCAAGGUGACGGGAGUGUCGAUUCGCGUGCCAACACCGAACGUGUCAAUGAUCGACUUGACGGUCAGCACAGAGACGCCCACCUCGCUGGCCGAGAUCCUGGCGGCCUUCAGGCGCGCAGCCAAGGCAGAGCUGACUGGGGUCCUCAGCGUUAGCGACGAGGAGCUGGUGAGCAGCGACUACCUGGGGAACCCGCACAGUGCGAUUGUAGACGCCGCAGCGUGUAGCGAGUUGAAUCCGCACUUCUUCAAGAUCAUGGCCUGGUACGACAAUGAGUGGGGGUAUUCGAAUCGGCUGCUGGAUCUGACAGCGCAUGUCGGACGGGAGGAGAAUUAA